ACAUCGCGGCGCCGCUCCCAAGCACGUCGCUGCGCGAUGAUAUCAGAGCCGCACAGCGCACGCGCCGCUACGGAGGCCGAACGACAAAAACGGCCGGGGAAGGGGAGGGGUUGGCGUGGUUCCCCUCCCCCCCCACACGUUUCCCGGUCUCCAAGCAACAGGGACGCGGGGGCGGGGCCUCUGCGUAGCCGGGUGACGAUGCUGAGCGGAGCCGCGCGCCGGGCGGGGUGUCUCUCGCGGCCGGCGGACGAAGAGCUCGCAGCUAAAAUCAUCCAGAGAGCCUGGUGGAGUCACAUCGACAGGAGGCUGUUCAGGCUGCUCACACACACCAUCCGGGCCGCGGAGCAUUGCAUUACAUAUGAGAUUAUGAGGAGAGUGAGUCCUUUAGAAGCUGAACUUAUAAAAGAUCCUAGUAUGCAGUGUAAAGUCAGAUUCAGAUUUGCUGGUCAUGAGUUUCCACCUUUCAUUGUGUUUAAGAUUUUUCACAAUACUGGAGGCCAAGGCAGCAAGUACAUAAGUGGAAAAAGAACAAUAAGUCCAGCAAGUGAGGCAGCAGUUGAUGCUUGCAAGUUGAUGGGACAUCGAAAAUAUUAUGAUCAAAUGAUAUGGGAUGAACUUCAGUACCAAAACCACAAAAUAAUAGACGAAAUAGAUGUUGCUACAGUGAAAGAUUAUAUGCAAUAUAUCAGUAACCUGGAUGAGACCCCAGCAUAUUUUGGUGGCAGGGAUAACUGCUGGAGAAAACUGUCUCUGGAAAACUUUCCCAGGACAAUGAUUAUGUAUGACAUAAUGGAUUAUGCACAGUCUGGGACACUGUCAAACCCACUUAAGGAGAAACUGACAUUUCUGCUCCUGAGGCCACAGAAUGAAGAGCUACGGCAUGAUCAACUCAUGACUGUUUCUCGAGUCAGGUCUCCUACAUCUUGUCCUCCAACAGCCACCUCUUCAUCUAGGUCUUAUCAACCCUCUUCACUGCCUAGACCUUCAGUGCGUCGCUCUCGCCAAGCUCGACAGAAAGUAGCAAAAAUGAAAAGAGUUCAUGCACUUGAAAAAGAAAGAGAGGAACAGAAAUUGGAUGUUAUAAAUAGAAGCCACUUAACUGAACAUCAAGAAACUAUGACUGCACCAACUGAAGACCUUGAGGAUCAUUCUGUCUUUUCAGAUGAAGAGUGGGAGCGUGAGGCAGCUAAAUUGUAUGCCUGGUCUCAGGCGUUAUCUCUUGAAGACACUGGAGAAUCUUUGCUUACACCUAAUUUCUGAAUUUUAAUAAUGGUUAUUUCACAUUAGCAGUAGUGGUAAACAGAAAACAUUUUCAAAUCUUUUUUACUCUGCUGUAAAUAUGUAGCAAAUUUUGAUCACAGAGAACAUGGAUUACAUACAUAAAAUUGCUUUCACCUUAGCUGUAACAGAUUUAGAGUUUGAGCUACGGACAGGUUAUCUGUGAACAUUAUAUAUUUUGUGUAUAAUGUAUGAUUACAGUAAUUUUUUUGCUGUGCAAUUGUUUUUCAUUUUCAUUUUGGAAUAGUACUAGCUACUUAGUGGUGAAGAUUACAUCCCACAGUAAGUUCAGUUUCCAGCCUCUGCUUCCUACUUCCCAAAAUGAAACCAGUCUGCCUGAAAAUUAACGUGUAGCAUUUCAUUCCAGGGUAGAAUUUUUCUGGGAAGGUUGAAGUGAAAUCCUAACAGCAAUUUUAAAUUUAUAGGGCCAGAUACAGGGUCAUAUUAAGGUUCUUUUGUACAGCUCUGGGAACAGAGCAACUUAUCUUAAUCCAUUAUAUGAAGAUUCUACCAGCAGACAAUCCCCAGAUGAUGUGGAGCCAACAAGCUAGCUUUAUGUCACAGUUUGCUGGUACUCUCAAUGGACCUAUACAUGCCCUUUUUCUUGAUGAAGGAAGUGAGAAAAUGUAUAGAAUACACACAACUUUACCCUAAAAUUUUAUUCCAUUUGAAACUUGGGCACUUUUUAAUUAAACAAAAAAUAUAUAAAAUCAACAGGCUAUUUCCAUUGCAGAACAUGACUGGGCAAAAUUAUGGUUAGGUGAGUGAUGUAAAUUUAGUGACUUUUUUUGGUAAGGUGUAGAAUUCCUGUAACGAAAGGAGUUGUUUAUUUCCAUUUUUGAGUGCUGGCAAAUUUAGUUUACUUAACUGUACCUAGAGCUCUGUCUUGUUCCUGUUAGCUUCAGUGGAUUAGUGUUUGUCACAAGACAUCCAAAUAUUCUCUCUUGUACUCUAUUUAUGGCAGUACUGUUACUGUUCAAAGAUUCCCUUCUACAUUAUAACUAAUGAUUAUUCCGCCUAGGAGUUUUAAAUUUUAAAAAUUAACCUUUCAGUUCUUUUGUUGAGAUUGUGAUUCUAUGAACAAUGUUUCCAACAGCAUGGAAAAGAGCAGAGAUGGAGUGAGCCAGAUUGCUUGGAUGCAGAAAGCAUCAGGGCCUGUCUCAAGGGAUUCACAAAAUCUGCACUGUGGAAGGUAGCUGGUGGAGUUCACAGGGAAUGAACAGAGUGAGUUAGAAGUAUGUCUGAUAUAGGCUAUAUUUGUAGCAUAGUCUCUGUGUGUGGCCCAGACUGUCUGCCCUUGAAGGAGAAAGACAGAUGCAAAGGUGUACUAUAACAUCUAUUUAAAUAAAGGAGACAAGUAAUGAUGACCCUGAUAAAGCACAACAUGAUAUGGAGAGAGGAAGAGAACUGACAGUUGUAUAUACAAACUUAUCAAAUAUGAGUUUCCUACAAAUGGAACAUUUCUAUUAUUGUUUCUUGAUAUUUGCUCAGCAUUUCUGCAAAUCCAUGACUAAUACGUGUUAUCAAGAUUGUCUUUAUACGGCUUAGCAGUCCGUGAGGAACAUAAACUAACCUUGCAAUGUUGAUCAGACAACACAAUCCUUUAAAUUUCUCUUACAAUCUCACUUCAUUCUAAUUUAUCAAUGCAAAACAGAUCAGUGGGGAUAAAUAGGUGCCCAUAGAUGCAUUGGGCACAGCAGCACCCAUAGCCUAAGGUAGAGAGCUGAAGUGCUCUUUGGGGCUGUUGCUCCCUUUCCUACUUUAUGCAUAACAUAUAUGGAGUGGGAAGCAGGGUGCUAAUCACAGGAAUUGCUGAUGGACCAGAUUUGGUGGUUUUGGAAUAGCAAGGAGUGUUCCCAAGUAGCUGGUAGGGAAUCAAUACUGGUCAUGAGUGUGAAGUACUGUAUAGAAGAGAGGAAAAGCAGCAUUAAGUUCAG